AUGCACGCUCGUUGUCUGUUCGUUCUCCCGCUCAUCGCCUCCUCCUCCGCCUUUCUCGUCUCUCCAUCCCUCCCCUCCGUCUCUCCCUCCUCCCGACUCGCAUCUCUCCCGAGAUCCCGAGUCACUGCUAGCCUCCUCUCUGAUGAGAUCAGCGGCCUUUCUAGAAGGGAUUUUUUCAAGGACACUAGCGCUAUGGCGGGGGUGAGUGCUAUCACCAUUGGCACACUCGGGUUUGAGGUUCCUUCCUCCUUUGCUGAAGGCCUCCCCAGCGUGAAUGCACCGGCGCCUGACUUCCUCCUUCCUUCGAACGAGGGCAAGGACAUCGGUCUGAAGGAUCUCAAGGGCAAGUGGACUGUGCUGUACUUCUACCCCGGAGACUUCACCUCUGGCUGUACUAUCGAAGCCAACAACUUCGAGAAGGCUUCUGCUGACAUCCGCGCUCUCGGCGCCGAGAUCGUUGGCGUCAGCGUCGACUCUGUUGAGAAGCAUCUUGACUUCGCCAAGAAGUAUGGACUGUCCUUCCCGCUCCUCUCCGAUCAGGGAGGCAAGGUGUCACAGCUCUACGGGUCCGCGCUCCAGAUCCCUUUCAUGGGGUCGUUCUCCAACAGGCAAACUUACAUCAUCGAUCCCUCCGGCAACCUCCGCUGGGUCUUCACGGAUGUUCAGAGCCGCCUGAACAAGCACGCCGAUGAAGUGAUCGCGAAGCUGAAGGAGCUCAAAGCCUAG